AUGUCAACUGAUACAAGUGCGACCGACUCGGUCAUCACAACUGUUAUCGGCACAACCUCGACCAGCCUUACAACCUCCUUCUCUACCACUGUCACUGUCACAGGACCAUCCUCAACGCCUGAUACCUCAGCAUCCGACACGUCCUCCCCGAGUACAAUCACCUCGUCCAUCUCAAUUCCCCCUUCGACAACAGUGGUCACUGCCUCCACCACUCCCGUCGACACCAAUCCCAGCGUCGUUGCUGUCACCGAAACCAUUACUCAAACACCUGCGUCGUCCUCAGGAGUCACCCAAAGUCCUUCCGUUGUUGUCGUCACGUCCACUCUCUCUCCAGACACUCCAACCUCAAACACUGCCACAACCUCAGUGACGCUCACCUCUUCUAACACAUCCCCCACGCCAUCAGCAUUAAGUGCCUCAGGCUCCGGGUCCGGUUCCUCUAGCGGUCUCAGCUCAGGCGCAAAGAUUGCAAUAGCUGUUAUCAUACCGAUAGUCGUCAUUGCUGCAGCAUUUUUGGUUGGAUUCUUCUGCUGGAGGAAGAGAAAGGCCAGGAAGAAUGCGGAGGAACUCCGCAAGAGCGAGAUGGCCGAAUAUGGGUUUAACCCUAACAGCGACCCAACACUGGGAGUGGCCACAGCUACAUACACAGACAACCAAUCUGAAGGGCAAGAUGACAACAGUGGAUAUCGUGGAUGGGGAGCAACAUCAUCCAACAGGAAAGCAUCUACUACACUAGGUUCCAACGGCCGAGCCGCUGGUGGUCCCGCCCUGUCAGAGAGCAGCAGUCAACCCGGAGGUCAUGCUACGCAGGCUUCGCCCAAUGCGACGUCCGACCAAUACUCUGCAGACCCCCUGAUGAAUGGUCACCCUGAGGGUGGAGAUGGUGUCGCAGCACUGGGGACUGUAGGGGGACUCAACAGGCAUCGCAGUGGUACGGGAGAUAUCCGCCGCGGACCAUCCAACGCCUCUUCAGCAUAUUCUUCGGGCCACCACUCUGAGGCAUCUUCAGAUGCACCUCAAAUGCCUGGCCCAUAUUAUCAGGAAGAAGUCCCUUACAACAUAUACAAUGACGCAAACCCCAGCCAUGGGCCGUAUGGGGACGGAUCGUACGGUGGACCUGGCACACAACCAGUUAUACGUGACAACCAAGCAAGAAGGAGCGCCCGCGUCGAGCGAGCACCAACAUUCCCGCAAGCCCAGGGCGGGAUCUCGCAGAACUUUUAA